AUGGCGUCAGACUUGUUCGGUUCUGGGGUCCUCGAAGUACCUUCAGCGGUCAAGUUGGACAGCCAAGCCCGAUUUGGAGAACAAACGCGCGGUCACCGUCAAGUUCCGAGGAACGUACGCCCUGUAGACUCGCUGACGGCACAUGAUCCUGCGCGUCUCGUCAGGUCUUCAUACAGUAUCCGAGUCAAUGAUGCGAAGGAUUUUGCUUCGCAUUGGGAGAACGAGAUCGUCCCAAUGCUUGCUUCGAGCCUUCCAACACUUCUGGUCGGGCCAUUCUCGGUUGAUGUACAUACUUAUCCUCAACUGGCUUCGAUUAACCCCCCACGACUCCUCACCGUCACCUCAUCUACUCGCGCCUCAUCUCCCGCGAAGGAGAUCAUCACCAGGAUGGUUGUAGAUUCUCUACCUCUGCAAUUCCGUUCAGUCAAGCUGGAGUUCUGCCAAGGAACGAUCGAAUUAUGCGCUAACCACGUGGGCACGGGUCCGGAUGAUCGAGACAAGCCAUGUCAGCCACGGCGAGCUCAGUACAUGUCCUGUCCUGGGCCAGGCGCUUCAAUUGGCCAGACAGGCGACCUCAACAGCGCAUCGCUAGGGGGAUUCGUGAACCUUGGGGGACGGAAAUCGGCAACGACCACUCGUCACCAGCAUGAUGAAUCUCUGGGCUCAUCGUCGCGCCCUUUGUGCGUCCAGCAUCCGUCGCCUCUGGACCAGCUUCUCUACCAAGAGCCUUUCAGUAAACGCAACACUCUGACAACCAUCGGGCACGUAUCGCACUGGAGCGAUUCCGGAUCUCUGAGGCCGUCUCUUGUAUUCUCUGGGAUCUCUCAGCACAAAGAAUUGAUAUCCAUCGAGAUGGACUGGGCUGUGAUCGACAUUCAGGGGCCGGGAGGAAAUAUAAUUCCGACUCCGAGUUUCGCUCAAGCGAGCGAGGGACACGUUGUCACAGAGUUUGCCGAGGUUUCUGGCACAACAGAGGUCUACGGAGUUGGCCGCACUAGUGGCUACUCCUUAGCAUACACUUCCGACGUUCCUGGACUCCAGUACUUCAACGGCGGGUACCACCGCGAGUGGACAGUCAGACAACACACCCUCAGCACCGAAGCUUCACACCAGCUUCCGAAGGGUGGCCUUGAAACUGUGUCCUCAGACCUCGCAGAUCAGAUAAAGUCAACAGAGGAAUGGAUCACCGGAGGUGUUGGUGUCCCAGGAGACUCGGGGGCAUGGCUCAUGACCCGUGAUGGCGAUCGCGUUAUCGGCCAUGUAUGGGCCCGGAGCACAAGUUAUGGUCCCAUCAACAACCAAAGAUUGACGUACUUUACCCCUUUUGUGGACCUCAAGGCCGACAUUGAGGACAAGUCCCAAAAGCACUUGUCACUCCCCAUCGUCCUCUCACAAGCGCCGGCACGUCCUAUUGAGCCUCUGACCCAAAUGCCAUCAUCCUGGCUAUUCACCCAAGAUUCAAACGAUCAUUGGAGCUCCCUGUCUUCGCCCACAUUGAGAUCACAACGGCUGCAGAGUCACAACUUGAUCAAGGAGAUCACACCCACAGCGAUAAUGUCAGCAACUUCAGUCGUGGGUCCGUCAGGAAGGGCAUCCAUACACCAACUCGUCCAACAGAACAGUUUCACGCAGCAAUGCCAACCUCUUGGCUCUAUGUUCCCCCAUGAAUGUACGACCUCUGACUCUAGAAGAUCCGACGUACCAUCGUGGUCAGUCGGGUCUUCGACAACUGGGGAAACGGACACGACGCUCUGGAGAACACAGGAUUCAGAGAUCCCUGACGUCGUCGUCCCUGUAUUUGACGAAAGAACUCUUCUUCAAGAGCAAAUGACAAGCCAGCUUCGCAGGGCCAAGGCAGUCCCCACAGGUGAUGAAUUGCGUUUGGUGAGGGCGAUUAUGGCCUUGAGCCAGACAGCAUAUAUGGCUCAAUGA